AUGGCGCAGACGUCAGGCAGACCCGUGAUUGUCCAGUGGAUCGUGGACACACGGAACCUAUGGCCGAGUGCCGAGAAGACGGCACAGCUCGAGACAGCCGCCGCGAGAGCCCUCGCACUGCUCACCGAGGAUGAGCGCAAGGCAGUGCUUCGGUACCUGUUCGUCCGCGACGCCAAGAUGUCGCUGGCGUCGCACCUGCUGAAGCACUACGUGGUGAGCAAGUUCUGCGACGUGCCGUGGUGGGAGACCAAGAUCACGCGCAACGCAAAGACCAAGCCCGUCUACGUGGACACGGCGACGGGCAAGUCGCCGGUCGAGUUCAACGUGACGCACCAGGCGGGGCUGGUGGCGCUGGUGGCGUCGUACGGCUACGAGGGCGUCGACGUCGGCGUGGACAUCGUGUGCGUCAACGAGAGGCGGGACCGCGACCACGGCGCCAUCGGGCGGGACGGGUGGCCGUCGUUCGUGGACAUGCACGCGGACGUGUUCGCGCCGUCCGAGGCCAACUACCUCAAGUACCAGGUGCUGAGCGCGGUGCCGGGCCUGGCGGCGGGGGCGACGGCGGCGCAGGUGACGGACUUCAAGCUGCGGUGCUUCUACACGCUGUGGUGCCUGCGCGAGGCGUACGUCAAGAUGACCGGGGAGGCGCUGCUCGCGCCGUGGCUCAAGGUGCUCGAGUUCAGGAGGUUCAAGCCGCCGCAGCCCACGGCGUCAUUCGAUGGGUCCAACGAGGACGGGUCGGACGCGGUCAGGGAGCACGACAUCUGGUUCGAGGGCACCAAGGUCGAGGAUGCCAACGUGUGCCUCCGGUCGCUGGGGCCGGACUACAUGACCUGCACGGCGGUCAGGACGCCCCAGCAGAAGGAGGUGGGCCUGGGCCUGGAUCUCGGGCCGUUUGAGGUGCUUCACAUCGACGACAUCUUGGAGUUUGCCGAGUCCAGGACAUAG